AUGGAGAUCACUCAGAUCUAUGCGGUUGUCAUCGCUGGCAUUACUUUGACAUUUCUAUUGCGAACCGGGGUGUCAUCGUUUGCUCCCAGGAUCCUCGCCAUCGCUUCCCAGAUACACCAAUAUUUAAGUUAUACCUAUGUUCUCAAUCGCCACGCCUUGAUGGGUCCCUGGACUGUGACAGCAGUCUUGCUGCACGUAAUAUACCUAACAGUCAACGUCGUUUGUUUGAGCGUCGGUGUCACCAAUUUGUCGCUCGCCGGACACCGCGCAGGGACGUUGGCGGUCGUCAAUUUAGGCCCGUUGUUGAGUGGUCUUCAUCUCAACUUUCUGGCCGACUUGUUGGGUCUCUCUGUGCGCGACGUUCGAGCUGCGCAUCGCACUGUUAGCUUCGUCGCUUUUGGGCUGGUCGCUUUUCACGUCAUUGUGGCCGCCGUGACCGAGCGGGCCUCAUUUCGGAGAGAACUUGAGAAACCGUUCGUGGCUCUCGCCGGGUUGGCACUCUGCAUACUCAUGAUCACUCCACAACGCUUGGUCCGGAAAGUGUCAUAUGAGAUCUUUCUUCGAUUUCACCAGAUAUUGUCGCUUCUCUGUGCUUUUUCUAUCUGGGAACAUCUAUCGUCAAUACGGUGUCGGGAUCGACUGUAUCUUAUCAUCUUCCUAGCCUUGCUGGCAUUGGCAUUCGUCUGCGAAGCCGUGUUGGUACUCGUCCGCAACGGAUGGUCCUACCGUAAGCGCUCACGGGUCACCGUUACGAGCUCAUGUGGAAUGCUAAAAAUGAAGGUGCAUCUCUGCAAACCUUUGAGCAUUGAGCCAGGCCAAUACAUCAAUCUCUGGAUGCCCUCCGUAGGUCUGGGAGCUUUUUGGCAGAGCCAUCCAUUUAUGGUCGCCUCUUGGUCCACUGAGCCGCAAAGAUGCUUAGAAAUUUUCAUCCAGCCACGGCGAGGCAUCACGAGGGACCUUCUCCAGACCGCUCGCCCAGAUGGACCUUUCGAGUACAAAUGGGCCAUGUUUAGCGGGCCACACGGCAACACGGUCCCGGUUGGUCAAUGUGAGACGGUCCUGUUGAUCGCUGAUGGAGUGGGAAUUGCCUCUCAAGUGCCAUACCUGAAGAAGCUGAUUCAUGGCUACCACGAUCGUCGUGUGGUCACUCGUAGAAUCCAUUUGAUCUGGCAGAUCAGUGAUAUUGAUGUCGGCAUUGCCGCGCAACCCUUUGUGAACGAUGUCCUGGAUGAGGACAAACUGGAGAGCGGCGGUAUCCUCCAAGUCUCGAUCUACGUCAACCUCGACGAUAUUUCAAAGAUCUCAUUCGGGAGACGAAGCACUGUCUAUCCCGGAAAGGCGAAGUUCGACGAACUGGUGGAGAAGGAAUUGGCUUUCCAUGAUAAAUCCCGAGACGACAAAAUGGAAGGCUUUCCGGGAAGUCUUCCCUCAACCCCAAUUCCCCCCGAGUAUCGAACCCAAUACGUACCAAACGUGGCGCGCCGAAGUGCUCUUUCCGAGUACUCGACAGAUGAAUUCAUGCAACCAUGGACAGAUGUGCCACUCCAAAGUGACGUCGGCAUACUCCAUCCGCCAGCACAGGAGAAGAGGCGAGCGUCCGAAUUACGGCAUGCGUCCCAGGGCUCGACCCUCAUCCUCAUGUCAGCAUUUGCGGAAACUCGGGACGUUUUGCGGAGAUUGGCACGACGGCAUCUUCAUGAGAAGGUAACAUUGGUCGAGACGGAUUUCCAACCCUUCAAGAGAUAG